AUGAUGCUGUAUGAGGACGCUGAUUCAGCUAUGCUCCGUACGAUAGAAUGCUUUAUGGAGUCUGCCCCACAACUUUUGCUUCAAGUUUACAUAUUGCUGACUCAGCCACGAACCCGUCAGGCCGUAAAACUGCUUGCUCAAUCCAUAUCCUGCAUUUCUUCUUGGUUCUCUUUGGCCUGGUGUUUGACUGCUUAUCACGCUGCUUUACGCUGUAGUCGGCCCGAUAAAGCCAAUCUCAGCUGUACUGGAGCCAGUCUCUUCUUCUUAUGGAAAACUUGUCUACUGGCAUCUAGACUCUUGGCACUCGGUCUUGCUGCCGCUUCUUUAUCUCCGUUUUGGUUUGCUGCAUGUCUCUUUAGCCACUGGGCCCUUGCUGCUGGUUGGCUAAUCGCCAGAGGCACUACAUUUUGUUCUGCCCAUCCUGGAACUCUUGCUGAAAUAGCUUUUGAUUUAGUUUUGGCUGGAGUUUAUUGCUUCGAUGUAGUCAAUGUCCGUGAAGGUCACAGCCGCUUGGCCUUCACAACUACCUAUAUUCUAUUUGGUCUAGAAAAUGGGUUCUUCGCUCUUCUCUGGCAAGUUGUCUUUUUUCUUUUAUCCAAUUUGCAGUGGAUUUUUUAA